AUUGGUCCGACCAAGCCACCAUAAACCCAGCGGAAAACAAAUUCAAAGCUCUCUAAACCUUCCAUUACCACUCAGACUUGCGAAUUCUGUUCAGAAAUGGAUGCAAUGGAUUUUUCUGAUUCUGAAUUUGAAUUCACCCUAGCUGAGAUUGUAGAAAUGGAGACUAUAUACAAGGAAAUAGGAGUGGAAUCACUUGAUCAAGAAUUCUGCCAGCGGCUUGCAACCAGCUUUAGCUGCUCAUCCAAUCGGAUGGGAAAAACCACUGUAACAUGGGAUCAGGUGCAUGCUUGGUUCCAAGAAAAGCAAAGUGACUCAAAGCCUCAACUUACUUCAUCAUCAAUGGCCUUAAAGCUAUUUGUUGAUCUUUCUGGUCCCAAUAUUUCAAACAGUGCACCUCAAAGUUUCAAAAGACGGUCCUCAGGUGACAAGGUCAAAGAUCUUUCAGAACUUCAAUUUGAGGCAAGAUCUUCAAGAGAUAAUGCAUGGUAUGAUGUUGCCUCAUUCCUUACGUAUAGAGUUCUUUGUACUGGUGAACUUGAAGCACGCGUGCGAUUUGCUGGUUUUGGUAAUGCACAUGAUGAGUGGGUGAGUGUAAGAACUGCUGUUCGUGAGCGAUCUAUUCCUCUAGAGCCUUCAGAAUGUGAUAGGGUCAAGGUUGGAGACAUUGUCAUGUGCUUCCAGGACAGAGGGUAUCAAGCUGUCUACCGUGAUGCCCAUAUUGUGGAAAUUCAAAGGCAGUCACAUGAUAAUACAAGAUGCACAUGCAUUUUUGUAGUUCAAUAUUACCAUGACAACAGUGAGGAAAAUGUUCGUCUGGAAAGGAUAUGUUGCAGACCUUUAGAAUAGCCUUUCAGAUUUCCCAUUAAUUCAAUCGUUUAGGUUAUGAAUGACAUGUAUGUCAUUUCAUUUUUUCUUUUUUGUGGGACAGUUGGAAGACUGGAAGCAGUGAUGACCAUGGAAAUAUUAAUUAGAAAACAAGAAAUUACAUUCCUGUUUGCAACUUUCUCUUAUGGGGGAAAUAGGGUGAUUUACAAGGGUAAGCGUGUGGGUGUUGGGGUUGCCUGGAUUCAAUCCCAGGAAAUGGAGGCCAAGCUUGGACCAUUUAGCCAACAAGGCUUGUCCAUUCCAAUUUGCAACGACGUGAAUUUGCAGCUGUAUCCAUCCUCUAUUUCAUUCCAUCCACAGCCCCUUUCUGACAUAAGUCAUCUCUCUGAGAGCUGAGAUUUGUUCAGAUAUUUGUAAUUUGUUGCGAUUGUAGUUGUAGGGCUUUAUCUAUUAUCA